GCCCCAGAACAAGAAAAAUCAAACCUUGAAAUCUCCUUCGUUCUCUCUCUCAAUCUACAAUUACAAACCCUAAAUCCCCAAAUGUCAAAAACCCUAGAAUCUCCACGAAAUCACCAAACCCUAAAAAUCAUCAAAUCAGCAAUCACUUCAAGACUUCUCCUUUUAUCACUAAUCCUCCUCUGUCGCACCCUCAUUGAUCCAUACGACACGUCGUCCCCUCUGGACCCCAAUUGCCUCUCCACAGACCAUCAACAACAAGAACGACAUGUCAUUCAAUUUCCUCGAAUUGGGUCUGCAAUAGAGGACAGUAUUGUAUGGGAUAGUGUCUAUUUUGUGAGAAUUGCUCAAUGUGGGUAUGAAUAUGAGCAAACUUAUGCGUUUUUGCCUUUGCUUCCUGCUUGCGUUGUCCUCUUGUCACGUACAGUUUUAGUGCCGCUGGUUUCAGUUAUUGGGCACAGGGCUGUGCUUGCAUUGGCGGGUUAUUUGGUUAAUAAUGUUGCAUUUGUGCUCGCGGCAGUUUAUUUUCACAGGUUUUGCAAUGGCAUCUGGGAAUGGAUUUCAUCGCUUGAAUACUCUGUGUUUGAUAAUCGGCAUGACCCUGAAGCAGCAUUUCAAGCUUCAAUUUUGUUUUGCUUCAAUCCAGCUUCCAUAUUUUAUUCAUCAAUAUACACUGAGAGUUUAUAUGCCUUAUUAUCUCUGGGAGGGUUGUACUACUUAAUAACUGGUGCAAGUAAUGUAGCUGUUCUUUGGUUUGCUCUCUCUGGCUGUGCAAGGUCAAAUGGAGUGCUUAAUGCUGGCUAUCUCUGUUUUCAGACCAUGCAUCAAGCUUAUGAUGCUGUAUUCCUACAAAAACGUGCUCAUUUGGCAGUGAAGGUUCUCAUUGUCGGAGCACUGCGUUGCAUAUGUAUUUUCAUUCCCUUUAUUGCGUUUCAAGCAUAUGGCUACUACAAUAUCUGUCAUGGGCAUUCCUUGGAUGAAAUGAGGCCUUGGUGCAAAGCCAAAAUACCUUUGCUGUACAGUUAUAUCCAAAGUCACUAUUGGGGAGUAGGUUUCUUGAGAUAUUUUCAGUUGAAGCAGCUGCCAAACUUUCUCCUUGCAUCACCAAUAUUAUCUCUGGCAGUUUGCUCCGUUCUCCAUUACGUGAGGUCACAGCCUGAGAUAUUUUUCUCACUGGGUUUUCGAGCUUCUAAUGGAGAGAAAAGGCCUACAGCUUCACCGUUGUCUCUAGAUAGAGUUCCAGAAUCAACCAGCUCUCAUUUGAAGGAGAAAUCCUCUGCUAAAAUGCAAGAUAAAUACACUGUUAGGCAGAGGAAGCAGAGGAUCAAAGGGGAUAAUUAUGUACUCCUGGAUGAAUAUGAUUCAUUAGAGAAGCCCAGAUACUUGUCUACAUUUAUUGUCCCAUGCACUCUGCACCUGUUGUUCAUGGCAGCCACAGCAUUUUUUGUCAUGCAUGUACAGGUGUCCACUCGUUUCUUGUCAGCCAGUCCUCCUCUCUAUUGGUUUGCAUCACACUUACUGAUAUCUCCUGGUACUGGUAAGAGAUGGGGAUACAUGAUCUGGACAUAUUCUACAGCCUACAUCCUUCUUGGCAGUUUGCUCUUUUCAAACUUCUACCCUUUCACUUGAAACUUGAAUGGACUCUUCCUGUUUAGCAAGAUGCAAGCUUCUCCUACUUGUCGAUUGUUUCCAUUUUACUUGGUCACUUGAUUGUCUGGAUGCAAAACCACGGUGGAAUGGAAGUGCUUGUAAUCAUCAAUCAUGUUGUUGAAAAUGCCAGCUUCAAAGCUCCUGGGGUUCUUUCUCCGCUUUUCUUGUAAAACCAUGCAGUGAGAUACAUGAUUCACGAGUGGUUUUGAACAGAGCUCUGGCAUGAGUUUUUAACAUAUUUUGUGGGUGAGAGCAACCUUUUGCACUGUAGCGUGAUUCGAAGAGUUGCUUAUAGAAAAGUUUUGAUCAGAAAUUUCACGAGUUCUGGUUUAGUUGAUGAACUGUAAAUCAUUGUAUUUCUAUGCCACUGUCAUGGAAUCCUGAGUUUUUGCAUUACAGGAAAUCAUGAAUAAUAGAUGAAAGUGUUCUCUCCUUUUCUUCAUAA